AAGCUUUACACAGGUUUGUCCUGUUUUCGAAAAUAGUUUUUGCUUUCUGAUCUAAGUUUUCUAUCGACCAAAACCCAUCUUACAAAAACCAUCGACCAAAAUCCGUCGAACGGUACACAACCAUCAUGAAACUUUGCGUCUUGGUUGGUCUAUCGAUGUUGGUGACUGCUACACUAGCCCAACAAAAUGACGCUUUAGGUUCUCUCUUUGCAUUGGCAAACGGAGCAUUGGGUGACGGAAAGAAAUCCAGUGGAUCAUCAGGAAUGGACACCUUAAUGAAUAUGGCAUCUAGUGUGCUUGGUUCUCAAGGUGGAAAUAAUGGACAGGACUCUCUGAUGAGUAUGGCUACUGAUUUUCUUGGAGGAUUAGCUUCUCCAAGUAGAAAUAACGGACAGAAAUCCAGUGGAUCCUCAGCAAUGGACUCUCUGAUGAAUAUGGCUACUAGUGUUCUUGGAGGUUUAGCUUCUCAAAGUGGAAGUAAUGGGCAGAAAUCCAGUGGCCCCUUUGGAAUGGAUUCUCUACUGAAUAUGGCUACUGGCGUACUAUGGGCAGUAACUUCACAAGGAGAAAAUAAUGAGCAGAAAUCCAGUGGAUCAUCAGGAAUGGACACCUUAAUGAAUAUGGCAUCUAGUGUGCUUGGUGGCUCUCUAAUGAAUAUGGCGACAAGUGUUCUUGGAGGACUGACUUCGCAAAGUGGAAAUAAUGGACAGAAAUCUGGUGGACCCUCAGGAACGGACUAUCUACAAAGCAUGGCUACUGGUAUUAACUCUCUAGUAAACUCUACCGGUGGAAUUUUAGGAAAAAUAUCAAAUGCAGCAAAGAAGAAAGAGCAGAAACCAUACGACCCAUUUGGAUUGAACUCAGCACGAAAUGGGACUGGCAGAGUACAAGGGGGAUCGCCUUAUCCGGGAACGAAUGAAGAAGAGGAAGAGGACGUACUGCCCAACGUAUCCGAGGGCUUAAACGGGGGAAACACAAAAAACAAACCAGCUAAAGGCCUGGGCAUGAUAUACGACAUGGCAAUGCUCUUUCUCGGGGGACACAUCGCUUCUACUCUGUCGAUACCCCUAGAUAGUCUGAAAGUAAAGAUGGCAAACGUCCGAUAUGCUGUAAAGAGUCUAGUCCCCGUAUUCAAAAGUCCAGACUUGAUUGCUUUUGCCAAGGAUUUCACCAAUAAUUUGGGGUGUGAACGCUUGAAGCCAAAUAUUAUACUUAAAGAUAGUAACAAAAUUGAAAAGUGUGUCCAGUUUAUGGCUGAUGUCGUCAACUUUAAAUCCUGCCCUCAACCUGAGGCUGGCGAAGAGGAAAAUCAAGAGGAGGAAGCUGUGGAUGUGAUAGAUGACCCCACCGACAACGGCAACAAGGCAGCCAAGACCUGGAACGACGUUCCCCAGUUUUCUUCCAAGAAGAAAUGCAUGCUAAAUCUGGCCAAAAAGUUUUUGGAUAGAGUCGGUUGUGAGAAGCCGACGUACCGAUCAGCUUUGCAGAAGAGUAAAAUCUUGUGCGAAGAGAUUCUGGUCGACGCUAUCAACAAUUACGCCUGCACAUAGGAGGAAGACUUCGAAAACAGAAACGAAGUUCAAGAAUCCAAGUUUCAAGUUUUAUCGUUUUUUUUUAAAUUUCUUCUACACUAUUUAGGUUACUAGUAUGCCUACAAGCUGUAUAACACAAUCAACUUUGAAACAACCUUUCUGAUAUUUAAACUUGAUUUUUAACCACUAGUUAAAAAAAUAAAAUUAAAUCAGUUUUGUUUUUUGUUACUCGCUAUGGAUAUG